UUGAGCUCUUACCAUACCAUUCUUACACAACAACAAAGAAAGAGGACGAAAAUAUUAAGGGAAGAACUUGUGACAUGGAUCAUUCAAACAACGAAAUUUUUUCAGAAGUAACAAACAAGACAAUAUCAAAAAUCAAACAUAAUCGGAGAUUGUCUGAUAAUGUUGUCAUGUGUACUUACCAUGACAAGACUUCACCUGGAUAUGAAUGGUUACUUACAGCAUGGGUCGCAGAAGAACGUCGGAUGAAGUCUGGUCGGGUUUAUAAGUAUUUUUAUGAUCCAGAAGGAAAUCUUUAUAAAAGUAAGAGUGAGGUUACAGCAGCAUGGGAGAAAGAUGGGUUGGUGCUCAUCGACUAAUGAAUAGUAGAUGUGAUGAUAUCUGAUAUAGCUAGUGUUAUUUUAUAUUAAGUUCUUGUUUAAUAGUUAAUGAACGAGAAAUCUUCAUGAAUGAGUCAUGUAUUUAUGUUCAUGAUGCUUCAGAAGUUAAUAGUAUGAGCAAUCAUGAAGAUAUAUAACUAUAUUUU